GGAUGAAACCAGAACCCAAAAUUUCUUCAAAUCAAAGCCCAAAGCUUUUGAGCACCAAAGUAGCGAAGGGGAAACGUGGGGAGGUCAAAGCUCAAAAAGGGCUAAACUUUUCAAUUGGGGUCGAAAUUUAAUUAUUUCCAAACAAAUUAUCGCCCUCUUUUCUUAAUUCUUUUGACUGCCUUCAUUCAACCAUUCGUCCACUACAUAAUUACGCCCCCCAAUCAUCUUUUCCGACUCGAUUCUUCUUUAGCAAUAAGUUUAGGGUUUCUUUAAUUUGUCUGCUUUCCGAUCGUAUUUCCGGGAUUUUAUAGGUUUUAACUUGAAAUCUUUGCUCCACUCUUAGGACAAUGGAGCGCAAGACCAUUGAGUUGGAUCAGGGAUGGGAUUAUAUGCAUAAGGGGAUCACGAAGCUGAAGAGGAUAUUGGAAGGACUGCCGGAGCCUCCAUUUAGCUCAGAAGAAUAUAUGAUGCUUUAUACGACCAUCUACAACAUGUGUACUCAAAAGCCACCUCAUGAUUAUUCUCAACAGCUUUAUGAUAAGUACCGUGAGUCAUUUGAAGAAUAUAUUACUUCAUCGGUAUUGCCAUCUUUGAGAGAGAAGCAUGAUGAGUUCAUGCUGAGGGAGCUUGUUAAAAGAUGGGCAAACCAUAAAGUAAUGGUCAGAUGGCUAUCACGAUUCUUCCAUUACCUUGAUCGCUACUUCAUUACCCGGAGAUCUCUCCCUGCACUUAAUGAAGUUGGGCUGACCUGCUUCCGUGAUCUGGUAUAUCAGGAAGUUUAUGAAAAAGUCAGAGAUGCUGUAAUUGCCCUUAUUGAUAAAGAACGUGAGGGAGAGCAGAUAGACCGAGCACUACUGAAGAAUGUCUUAGAUAUUUUUGUUGAGAUUGGCAUGGGACAAAUGGAUCGUUAUGAGGAUGAUUUUGAAGGAGCCAUGCUUCAGGAUACUGGUGCUUACUAUUCACGGAAAGCAUCAAGCUGGAUUGAAGAGGAUUCUUGUCCAGAUUACAUGUUGAAGUCUGAAGAAUGCCUGAAGAAGGAAAGGGACAGAGUGUCUCACUACCUGCAUUCAAGCAGCGAGACAAAAUUGUCAGAGAAAGUGCAACAUGAGUUGUUGGUCGUUUAUGCAAACCGGCUGCUUGAAAAGGAACACUCAGGAUGCAGGGCCUUGCUUAGAGAUGACAAGGUGGAGGAUCUUUCUAGAAUGUAUAGGCUUUAUUGUAAAAUACCCAAAGGCUUGGAUCCUGUUGCCAAUAUAUUCAAGCAGCAUAUUACUGCUGAAGGUAACGCCUUGGUUCAACAAGUUGAAGAUGCAGCAAGUAACCAGGCCUCAAGUGCUUCAGGUGUACAGGAACAGGUCCUUAUCAGGAAAAUAAUUGAGCUUCAUGAUAAGUAUAUGGCAUACGUGACCGAAUGUUUUCAAAACCAUACUCUCUUUCACAAGGCCUUGAAAGAGGCGUUUGAGGUAUUCUGCAAUAAAACUGUUACUGGCAGCUCAAGUGCAGAGCUUUUGGCUACUUUCUGUGAUAAUAUCCUUAAGAAGGGUGGAAGUGAGAAAUUAAGUGAUGAAGCCAUUGAAGAGACACUUGAGAAGGUAGUUAAACUACUUGCAUAUAUUAGUGAUAAAGACCUUUUUGCUGAAUUCUACAGGAAGAAGCUUGCUCGCCGAUUACUUUUUGAUCGUAGUGCUAAUGAUGAUCAUGAAAGGAGCAUUCUGACUAAGCUAAAGCAGCAAUGUGGUGGGCAGUUCACCUCAAAGAUGGAGGGCAUGGUCACGGAUCUGACACUGGCAAGGGAAAACCAAGCCAGCUUUGAGGACUAUCUGAGGAAUAAUGCAGCUGCACAUCCUGGGAUUGAUUUAACAGUUACUGUUCUUACUACAGGUUUCUGGCCAAGUUAUAAAUCUUUUGAUCUCAAUCUCCCUUCUGAGAUGGUAAAGUGCGUGGAAGUUUUCAAAGGAUUUUAUGAAACAAAAACAAAACACAGAAAGCUUACGUGGAUAUACUCGUUGGGUACUUGUCACAUUAAUGGAAAGUUUGAACAAAAAAACAUUGAACUGAUUGUUUCAACAUACCAGGCUGCUGUCCUUCUGCUCUUCAAUGCUUCUGAUCGUCUGAGCUAUUCAGAGAUUAUGGCUCAGUUGAAUUUGACCCAUGAUGACUUGGUUAGAUUGCUACAUUCGCUGUCGUGUGCCAAGUAUAAGAUUCUAUGUAAAGAGCCAAACACAAAAACCAUCUCCCAGAGUGACUACUUCGAGUUCAAUUCCAAGUUCACUGACAAGUUGAGGAGGAUUAAGAUUCCUCUCCCACCUGUGGAUGAAAGGAAGAGAGUGGUUGAAGAUGUUGAUAAAGAUCGUCGUUAUGCCAUUGAUGCUGCAAUCGUGCGCAUAAUGAAGAGUAGAAAGGUUUUAGGCCACCAACAAUUAGUGUCAGAAUGUGUUGAGCAGUUGAGUCACAUGUUCAAGCCUGAUAUUAAAGCCAUCAAGAAGAGGAUAGAAGAUCUCAUCACAAGAGACUAUCUGGAGAGAGACAAGGAGAAUCCUAACACAUUUAGGUACUUGGCCUAAAAUUUGGUGAGUUUUUUUGCAAAUGGGGAUUUGUUUUAAAUGAUAAGUUGAGUACCAGGUGUAUGUAAAGUUGAAGAAAGUUUUAGUACUGAAAUUUGGUUAAUGUUUCACUCUAAAUGUUGAGUAUUAUAUGAGUAGACCUUCGUUUUCCAAGGAA